AUGAAACUCUGUUCUUGUGUUGCAGUAAAUGAAUACCAAGUGGAUCAGGAGAAUGAAGUUUCAGAUUUCAAAGUGUUUGAUCUAAGUGAAUUGAGGAAAGUGACAAAUGGGUUUAGUCCCAGUUGCAUUGUCUCUGAAGGUGGAGAGAAAUCUGCCAAUGUGGUUUACAGAGGAAAGCUCGAAGACAAUCGUCUCGUCGCCAUCAAGCGAUUCUCUAGACUCUCCUGGCCUAACGCUCAGCAGUUUUUGGCGGAGGCUACUAGUGUUGGAAAGCUUAGAUCCAACAGGUUGGUCAAUCUGAUUGGUUGUUGCGCUGAAGGAGACGAGAGACUGUUGGUUGCAGAGUAUAUGCCUAAUGAUACUCUCUCAAAGCAUCUUUUUCACUGGGAUAAUGAGCCACUUCCUUGGGAAAUGCGUGUUCGAGUUGCAGAUUUUAUCGCACAAGCGCUUGAUCAAUGCAACAUCACAGACCGAAAGAUCUAUCAUGAUUUGAAUGCAUACAGAAUCCUCUUUGACGAGGAAUGCGAUCCUCGUCUAUCAACUUUUGGUCUCAUGAAGAACAGUAGAGAUGGAAAAAGCUAUAGCACUAACUUGGCUUACACUCCACCUGAGUUUCUACGAACAGGUAGCAUCGUCCCUGAAAGUGUGAUUUACAGUUAUGGAACUAUUCUUUUAGAUCUUUUGAGCGGCAAACACAUUCCACCAAGCCAUGCUCUUGAUUUAAUAAAAGGGGAAAGCAUUUUGGUACUUAUGGAUUCAUCACUUGAAGGGCAAUACGAUAAUGAAGUCGCAACUAAACUUGUUGAUCUUGCUUCAAAGUGUCUUAAAUCCGAGACUAAAGAUCGACCUGAUACCAAAUUUCUUGUCUCUGGAGCGGCAAAAUUACAAAAGCAGAAAGAGGAGGUUGCAUCUCAUGUCUUGAUGGGUUUGCCUAAGUAUAGGGUUAUACUACCAACUCUGCUUUCUCCUCUCGGAAAGGCUUGUUCGGAAGAGGACCUCGACGCUGUACACGAGAUCUUGGUUAAAUCCGGUUACAGAGAUGAGGAAGGAGCAGAGAACGAGCUUUCAUUUCAAGAAUGGACACAACAAGUGCAAGAAAUUCUCAACACCAAGAAGCUCGGAGACAUUGCUUUCAGAGACAAGGACUUCAAGAAGGCGAUUGAAUGUUAUUCAAAGCAGCUGGUUCAUAUGAUGCCUCGUACAUCUGCGACGGUUUGUGCGAGACGGUCUUUCUCCUUCUUGAUGACGGAGGAGCCGAACCUUGCGCUGAGAGAUGCAAUGCAGGCUCAGGUUACCGUACCGGAGUGGCCUACGGCGUUUUACUUGCAGGCUUUAGCGCUUUCGAAGCUUGGAAUGGAGACUGAUGCUAAUGAUAUGCUUAAUGAAGGUGCUGCGUUUGAUGCUAAGCGACAAUAACAGAGCACUUGGCUUAUUUGAAGGAAAAAAACAGAGAGAGAAAGAGAAGAGAAACAGAGUAACUGUAAGAGUGUUUGUUGUUGUGUCUUUAUCUUGUUGAGAGAGAAAUUGGCGAGGGACUGAAUUGUUUGUGGUGAACUAGGGUUUUAUGUUCUAUUUAUGAAGAAAUAAAUAUUGUUUUGCAGUAUUAAUAAUACAGAGAAAGAUGGAAACUUGUUUAUCAGAAA